AAUGUUUCCAUGUGACUUAUUGAUUCAAUACCAAGAUUCAACCCUGUGUUUUAAAAUCAAUAAAUCCAGCGUCUACAGAGUCCUUCUCUCAAACAUCUGAUGUGACAUCAGAGCUGAGAUAAAUGUUUCUAUUUUAGUGUUAUAUGUUAGUGGUAGGGAUAAAAAUUAUUAGUGUUGGUGGGAAGCUAUUAUACAAGGGCAAAUCAAGAUCAGAACUGAGAUUGAAACAUAGUUGCCUGAAUUUUGCUAAAGCAUUUCAAAACCAAGUUAAAAAUAUGGUUUGGGUAACAGCAAAUGAUAUGAAUGUGAAUGAAAAUGUUAACAAAGAAAUGAGUGCAAACGUGUUGCCUUUCCAACUCCAAGCUGCUGAAGCUGCUAACCAUUUGGAGCAUAUUUGUGCCCUCGAUAUUAAUUCUAGAGCUUCCUAUGUACGUCUAUCAGGAAUCAUUUGUACUAUUGGACCCGCUUCUCGCGAACCCGCCAUGUUGGAGAAGAUGAUGGACGCCGGCAUGAACGUGGCCCGUCUCAACUUCUCCCAUGGCUCGCACGAAUACCACGCCGAGACCAUCAAGAACAUCCGCAUCGCCGUGGAGAACUACAGCAAGCAGAUCGGCAUGAACUAUCCGUUGGCGAUUGCGUUGGAUACCAAAGGACCGGAGAUCCGAACCGGGCUGCUCGAAGGGGGCGGCUCAGCUGAAGUUGAACUGAAAAAAGGCGAUAAAAUCAAGCUGACGACAGACAAAGCUUACGAAUCCAAGGGCACCAAAGAUUGCAUCUACGUUGAUUACGAAAAUAUUCAAAAAGUCGUCAAACCUGGCAACCGCAUCUACGUCGAUGAUGGAUUGAUUUCUCUCAUCGUGGAAAAUAUCCAAGGAUCAUUCUUGACUUGUAUCAUUGAAAAUGGUGGUACCCUUGGAAGCAGAAAAGGUUGCAAUCUUCCUGGUGUAGCUGUUGAUUUGCCAGCUGUAUCAGAAAAAGAUAAAUCAGAUUUGAAAUUUGGAGUCGAACAGGAUGUCGAUAUAAUUUUUGCAUCGUUUAUUCGAAAUGGUGCUGCCUUGACAGAAAUCAGAAACAUCCUGGGAGAGGAAGGAAAGAAAAUUCUAGUCAUUUCAAAAAUUGAAAAUCAACAAGGUAUGACCAACCUCGACGAGAUCAUCGAAGCCUCCGACGGCAUAAUGGCGGCCAGAGGCGACCUCGGCAUCGAGAUACCCACCGAAAAAGUCUUCUUGGCCCAAAAGGCCAUGAUCGCUCGGUGCAACAAAGCAGGCAAGCCUGUCAUCUGCGCCACGCAAAUGUUGGAAUCGAUGGUGAAGAAGCCGAGACCGACGCGCGCCGAAAGCUCCGACGUCGCCAACGCCGUCUUGGACGGCGCCGAUUGCGUCAUGCUGUCGGGAGAGACGGCCAAGGGUGAUUAUCCGAUCGAGUGCGUGUCGACGAUGGCGAGCAUAUGCAAGGAGGCGGAGGCGGCGAUCUGGCAGAAGGAGUUGUUCAACGAUUUGACGACCGAGGUCGUCCCUCCUCUGGACAUCGCCCAAACGGUCGCCAUAUCGGCGGUGGAGGCCUCUUCGAAGAGCCUGGCGGCCGCCAUCAUCGUCAUCACCACCUCCGGCAAGUCCGCCCAUCUGGUCUCCAAGUACAAGCCCAAGUGCCCCAUCAUCGCGGUAACUCGUAACAUCCGCACCGCCAGACAAGCCCAUCUCUACAGGGGCAUUCUGCCGUUGUACUAUGACUGCGAGCGCGCCAGUGACUGGCUCAAGGACAUCGACUCCAGAGUGAACACCGGCAUCAAGUUCGGCAAGUCGAAGGGCUUCAUCAAGACCGGCGAUCCCGUCGUGGUGAUCACCGGCUGGAAACAGGGCUCCGGCUUCACCAACACCAUGCGCAUCGUCACCGUUGAAUGAGCUGCCCAGUCACAUCACAGGAAAGUGGAUAAGUAUAAUUUAUUUAUGAAACUCAAACUGUAUCAGUAUCUAGGAUAAUUAAACAAAUGAUCCCUG